AUGGAACUCUACUUUAAGAGAAAGUUCGCAUCAACUACUUCUAGUUCGGAUAAUGUAGGUUGUUCGAGUUCGAGAGAUGUGGGUAUUUCAAGAGAUGUGGAUAGUUCGAAAGAAAGUGAGGUGCAAGAUAUCUUCGCUAAUCUUAUUGUAGACCCUGGACUUCGACUUCAAAUGUUGGAUUAUGAUCUUAACAUUCGGGACGAAGUUCAAAGAGCAUAUCUACAAAAGGGUCCAUGUCAGCCUAAGGAUCACACAUUUCCACAGACUAAUCUUUCAGGGUAUGAUCGACGAUUUAAUGUCAAGUGGUUUGAUGAGUUUGACUGGUUGGAGUACAAUUUUAGUAAAGAUACUGAAUUUUUCCUUUAUUGUUAUCUCUUCAAAUUCAAUUUCAGAAUUGGUCAAGUGUGUAGCGACGCCUUCACAGAGAUGGGUUUUAGGAAUCAGAAGAAGAAAGAUAAAAUUAGGCAACAUGUUGGAGUUGUUGGGAGUGUUCAUAAUCAAUCUCGACAAUAUUGUGUGGAUCUUAUGAAUCAAAAGAAACACAUCCGAACAGUUUUGAUAAAGCAAUUAGAGCAAGCUCGUAUUGAUUAUCGUAUUUGCUUAACAUCUUCUCUUGAUUGUGUGAGAUUUUUGUUAAGGCAAGGUUUUCCUUUUUGUGGGCAUAAUGAGAGUGACACUUCAAGCAUCAAGGGGAAUUAUUUGGAGCUCUUACAAUUUCUUGCUAAUCAUGAUGAGAAAGUUAAAGUCGUUGUGUUAGAAAAUGCUCCCGGGAAUCUCAAGUUAAUAGCUCAAACAAUUUAA